AUGGUGAGGGACGUGACCGUGAUGGCACGCGCAGCGCCCAGCUUCUUCCCCGCCUGCUGUGGUGGCUCCACCAACACCAGCCCCGGCCACUGCUCCUGCUCCACGCUGCGGCCAUGCUGGCGUCGUGGGACCGUGUUCCUGGUCCUGGUCCUUCCGUCCAGCCUGAUACUUCCGCUCAACCUGGUCCUUCCGCUCCGCCUGGUCCUUCCUGUUUGUGCCAUGAAACACCAGGCAAAGGCGCGCUUGCUUGACGAGCAGCAGGCUGCAAUGGCCAAAGUUGCUGGGCCAGCCCUGGCCUUUCAGGCUGCCCAAGCUGCUGAGGCCGCUCCGGUCGCUGGGGCCACUCCGAUGGCGGCCGCUGCGGCCCCUCCCGAGUCAGACUUUGAGUCCUCCGACAAAACCGCCAAGAAGAAGAGAAGGUCAUUGGCCGAAGUCGACGACGAACCUCCUCCACCACUUGCGUCCACCUUGGCAUGGUCAAGACGUGGAGGAGAGCCAGACGGUGCGGAGGAGGAUGGUGGUAAGGAGCCAGAGAUGAUUCCCUUCUCGCGCUACGUGGUCAACUGCUUCCACGGAGCCGAGCACUGCGAGCAGACGGUAGAUGCCCAGAGCAUGGUGCACAACCUCACAGAGCUGGAGCAGUUGCGCAUCUUCAAGAAGUCGGAGUCGAGGAGUUUCGGGGCCCUUCGGGAUGCAGUGCGCGUAAUGCUUACCUGGUUGCCCCUGCUGGCUGCUGGCGACGAGCUCAAGGCCGUCAUCGGCAAAGGCUCGGCCUCCGUGCCGAACGGUGGAAGCGCAAUCAGGGGCGGCUGUCAGACGCCUAGCGACUUCUGUGACUUUAGCGUUGGGAGGGGCUUGCGGUCCUACCGGUACUUCACCUUUGGCCCAUCCGGCUCGGGCGCCAACCUCCGUCCUGAGAACGGAUUGCCAUGUUGCAAUGAGCGUAUCUCCCCAACUUCGGGUAGCCAAUGUGCCCUCUUGUCCAUGCAAGCAACUUUUCGCAAAAGCUUGUCAGCAGACGCCCAUGCUCCGGAGGUGCCUGAGGUGCCAGAGUUCAGUUGGGUCGCCACAGCGCCACUGUCGCCGACACCGGCACAGGGUGAGGCUGUCCCCGUGGUGGAGACCCAGGAGCAGACGAUACCGAGUACGGCGCCAGCUCGCCCAGUGCCCACCCCCUUGCGCAGCCAGAAGCGGCCGCUUAUGGUGCAGGCGACUCCGGAGUCCGCCGCAGCCGAGGCGGCUGAGGAGACGGCCGAUGCUUGUUACAAGGUGAACUUCACCAAGGAGGCCCAGAAGAAGCGGAAGACGUUCCGCUGCGGCUUCCUGAGGGUCAAGGGGGGUAAGGCGUACCUCUACGAUGACGAGGGGCGGCACGUCAUGCUCGGGCGCUCGACACGCAUCGAGGGAGUGUUGGAGCCAGGGGCGCAGAUCGCACCCACCUGGGAGACCUUGGUGGAGGUAGAGCACGCAGUUCCCUGUGACGAACUGGACUCUGGGCGUGCAUUCGCGGGCUCCACGCCAGCGGCGAAGAUCGAGGUGGCGCCGCCCAGGGCCACGAAGCGGAAGACCCUCGCAGCCGGCAGCAGAGGACCUCGGGAAGAGCCGUCGCCACUCACUGCGCCGCCUGGUUCUCUGGUGCUGGAUGAGGGCGCCGGCGCCAUCUUCCUGGAGCCGUGCCUGGCAUCCAAGUUGAGGAAGCAUCAGGAGGAAGGCGUCAAGUUCAUGACGAAGCACUUGUUGCAGGGCACCGGUUGCAUCCUCGCAGACAGCAUGGGUCUGGGGAAGACGCUGCAGGCGCUGUGCACCGUCUGGGUUUCAUUGAGCAAGCCGCUGGGGAGGCCGCUGUGCAGGAAGGCGGCCGUCGUCUGCCCCUCGUCCCUCUGUGCCAACUGGGCCUCGGAGGUGCAGCACUGGCUGGGGCCGCAACGGUUGAACCCGGCUCUUGUGCAGGGCGGGGGUACCGCCGCCGAGGCCGCGCGGACCGUGGCUGCUUUUGUGUCCUCUCCCGAGAAGCUCCUGAUCAUCUCCUACGACCAGCUUCGCAUCCACGCUGACGCCCUGGACACCGCGCUCGAGCUCCUGAUUUGCGAUGAGGGGCACCGGCUCAAGUCAGGCUGCGCCACGACCACCAAGAAGCUGCAGUCGAUGCGCUGCAAGCGGCGGAUCCUGAUUUCAGGAACACCUCUUCAGAACAAUCUCGACGAGUUCUACACGUGCUGCCAGUUCGUCUACCCGAACAUGCUACCUGCUUCCGCGGUCUUCCAGCGCGUUUUCAAGCACGCAAUCGACCGGUCAAGAGACAAGAAUGCCUCGGCCGAGGAGCUGGCUUUGGGGAAGGCUCGUGAGGCGGAGCUGCGCCGCACGACGUCUGCUUACAUCCUCCGACGGGGGCCAGAGAUCUUGGAGGAGAUCCUUCCAAGUCGUACUGAGCUGCUGCUGACUGUGCACCUCACCGCUUCGCAGGUUGCGGCAUAUCGGGGAGCCUGCCAGCUCCGGACAGCGAGCCAGUACGGCGAUGGCGUGCACCUGCAGCUGCUGAUGUUUCUUCGGCAGCUGUGUAACGAUCCUCAAGGACUCCGGGCGAGCUUGGACAGGCGCGUCGCGGCCCACCACCAGGGCGUGGGAGCGGCGCAGAAGACCGACUUUGUGACCGCUCUGACCAUGGAAACUCCCAACGCCAAGGAGGCAUCGCAGCCUGCAACUGCUCCCGACUUUGACAUGCGCUGCCAGCAGGUGCUUGAAGGCGCCUACGGCGCCAAAGCCGCAGAGGGCCCCGGAGCGCAAGCGACGACAAAGGAGGCAGCGUCUGCGAAGUUGCGGUUGCUCCAGGAGCUCUUGGGCUGGUUGAAGAAGGAGGCACCCUCAGACGGCAUUGCGAUCGUUUCGAAUUUCUGCUCCACACAGAGCUCUUGCAGCGAACUGUGCCAGCGGCUGGGCUUUCGCGUCUUCACCCUGGAUGGCUCCACAGCCGUCUCGAAGCGUUUGGAGCUGGUCUCUCGCUUCAAUAAGCUGGCAGAGCCGAGGGUGUUCCUACUCUCCGCGAAAGCUGGCGGCGUCGGCUUGAACAUCGUGGGGGCCAGCCGCUUGGUGCUGCUGGAGCCAGACUGGAACCCAGCUGUGGACCAGCAGGCCAUGGGACGAGUUUGGCGCCAAGGCCAGACGAAGCCGGUCUUCAUCUACCGCCUGGCAACCCAUGGCACCCUGGAGGAGAAGAUCCUUCAGCGCCAGGCGCACAAGCAGGGCCUCGCUUGCGCCCUGGUGGAAGAGAACGAAGGUGCCUUGGUGUCCAAGGCCGACAUUAAGGAGCUCUACAAGGUAUUUGAUCUCGAUGGCUACACUCCCGAUGGCCGCCCUGGGUCUCGCGCCGACGUGCCGGCCCUUUUUCUGCCAGGAGGACUACCAGAGGCCUGGCGCCUCCCCUCGCUUCAUCGGGCGGAGCUUCUGAAGACCACGGAUCCCCAGCUUCGGCAGAAGUAUGCGAUGGAUGAGCGAAGCGGCAGUGCAGCGCCUCUGUUCUUGCAGUAUGGGGUCCUUGAUACGCCUGAUGCUCUGAACCGCAGUGGGCGCACGGGAGCCCUGGAGUUCGACAAGACUUCUGCCUACAUGUUCUUCGAGGAGAAGCUGCCGGAGCUUCGUGAGGAGUUCGGGCUCAAGAAGUACGUGGAGGCCAACCAGGGUCCGGGAGAUCUCAUCAUCGUCCCCUCCGGCUGGUUUCGCGUGUCGCUCGCUUUAGCCGACUCCUUCUCAUACUACGAGACAAUAUUGAAGGGCAAGGAGACCUUGUCCUCGCUCACCGACAGCAACGUCUGGAGGCCACAGUUCCGACAAUACCGUUUGGCGUACUGCUACACGCCCGCCACGGUGGACGAGCUGCCUGGCGUCAAGGACAACGCUCAACUGCGAAAUUGGCUGAAGAAAGCCAUAGACCAGGCCUUUGGUGAGGACCGAUCUGUAACAAAUGCUGCCUACGCAGGGGAUCCACUCUUUAAGUUGCAUGGUCCACGGAAAGGACGCGUCUUGCAACAGGCCGUUUGGCAAGUGCUGCACACGCGGUCCCCAUGCAUACCACUGACAAGUGCACAACCUGGCCAGCGUGCAAACGGCAGCAAACGGGGUGACAACCAAGGUGAGUUCGAUUUUGCACACGGAGAUCGCCGGGCCGAGUGCAAAGGAACCAGCAUGGCUUGGGUUGCUGCAAAUCGUUGCUGGGCUGCGCGCUGGCAGAAAAUCAAGUUCAAACACGGACUUUUUGACGAUUUGUUUCUAGCAUUGCACUCACCUGGCCAUGUCGAUGUUGUCUGGCAUGACUGUGUGACAGGCAUCUCGCAUGCAGGAGUGAAAACAGCUUUUCUUGGCCACAACGUUAGGGUCAACGCUGCAAAAGGCUGCCAUGAUGCAGGAGAGGCGUGCACAGAGAUACUUCGAAAGCUCGUUAGCUCCCAAAAUCGCUGUCAGCAUGUGGCCUCACUGUGUUCUGACAGUGGCUACAUUGCCGACCUUGUCUCACGAGAGCUGAAUACAGAGAGUUAUCGGUUCGCUGCAUUCUGGUACAAAGGAGUCCCCCUGGCCGAGCUCGUCCCAAGUUUGCGUGGCUUGCGUCUGCAAGAUGUGGCCGUUGCAGUCGACCAGAUUCUUCAUCCGAACAGUGUCUUCCGACAUGGGCCAGGUGCGUCUGAGAUUGUGGGCACGCUUCUGCCUCAGCGCCGUGGCGAAAGUAGGGGCAGUGCUGAUUGGAUGCGAGACAUGGUCCGAGUGGAAUUCAAGUCUUCUGUGCUUUCCUGGGACUGCACUUCUCGACGAUGGCGGGCCCAGUUUUUGUGGGUAAAAUUUGGUUCGCAGGCCGGGUUCAGCAAUGCUCUGUUCGACGAGUUGUGGCUUGGCCUGUACAGCCCUUUCGGGCUCUACUUGGUACAAUAUUCCGGAACAUUUGGACGCUCCAGGCUGGGCGUGGCAACAGAUGACCUUGGGCACAGUAUAGCCGUGCGCGGGCCCUGCCAUGAAGAAUGCCCCAGAGUUUCCAUUGAAUCAAUACUCACGAAGCUGGAGGGGUCAGGAUGCAAGCUGCUGGCCAUCUUGACGUGGUAG